AUGCAGCGGGGCGGGCGCCUAUCCCUGAGCUUCCUGCCCCCCCAGCAGGUGGCACUCUACGGGCGCGGCCGGGAUCUCUUCACCUUCGUCACCAUGGCCUCGUCCCACAUGAUGCGGACGCUGCAGAGACCCCGCAAAAGCCGCCCUGGCAAGCGGCGGGUGAACCACCGCCGGUUCCUGCACAACCAGAUCAGCAGGCAAUUUGCUGACAUCGAAGCCUCCACGCACCGCCUGGCCUCCUCCAUCCUGGCCCAGGAGUCCCCAAAGGACCCUGCGCCCCCCGCAGAACCCCGGCGUCCUGGCCCAGAGCCUCCCGCCCCAGCUGCCAGCUCCUUCCUGGGCGUGGCCGAGGCCUUCGUGGCCCCAGAACCGGGGCCUGGCUGGGGCCUGAGCGUGGCCUCCCUGACCCCUGACCCCGGCGACUUCUUUGACCCCAUCACCGGCCCGGAAGAUCCGGGGCUGCCCCCCAGCUGGGCCCCAAUUACCCACAACCUCCUGGAGCCUAGCCAGUGUCCCCUCUCCUGGGACCCCCUGCCCACCCUGGGCACGGACGGUGCCCCCCUCUGGGCCCCAGAUCCCCCGGGCUACCUGCCCCCCAUCUCCCCGGGGUACCCUGUUGGAGUGGCGCCAGGGGGGUGGUAA